AAUCAACCAAUCAGAACACAGAAACGUGUUUGUUUUUGAUAAUCACUCAUCAACACUUCAAAAAUCCCAAAAACGUAACAGUAUCAGCAAGUUUUGCCACCUAUCAACAUCACAAGUUAUCAUCAGAACAAGUUCCAGACUGGCCAAACUCGGUUCCUCACCUAUAGGAUAAGUAGAUUUUUAUAUUUAAAAGGUGCUCAUAAAAUCUAUUAACAAUGAAGGCUCGACUUGGCUACCUCCUUACUAUCGGUGCCGUAAUCAUCGGAUCGCUGAUCAACAUCAGUUCCGCCCAAAUGCCCUCGGCCCGUCCCAUUAGCAGUAAGGAAGUUAAAUGUCUGGUGUGCAAGGCCACCAUGAAUGAGAUGGAGAUCGCCGUGGGAAAAGUUGACCCCAAGAAGAAGAUGGAAAUCGGAGACUACCGGUUAGAUGCCACCGGGGAUUCCAAAAACCGAAAAACCAUCCAGCUUUCAAAAUCGGAAAUCUACCUCACCGAGCUGAUGGAAUCCGUUUGCGACCGAAUGGAUGACUAUGCGAAGGCUCGCUACAAGAAAACCGGUCGGCCAACGGUGCUGAAAAUGAUGACCGAAACAGGCAUGAAUCCGGAUAUGUCCGAAGUGGAUUUCGUCCAGGAGGGUGACCUGAACAAAAGCCUGAAGCACCUUUGCUUGGAAAUUGUCGAGGACCAAGAAGAAGCCAUCAUAAAACUGUUCCAGCAAGACGAAGUCAAGGAUACGGAUGUGCGGCUCUGUUCCGAGGUGGCCAACAUUUGCAACGAGCAGCCGAUCGAAGAGGACUACGAAUACGAGGGGGAUGAGGAAGAACGAGACGAGCUGUGAGCAGCGACAAUGUGACACUAAAAGACUGGAACCAUUGGGUCAACCCGUUCAGUUUUCUUCCCCCAACAUAUCUAACCAGAACGCAACACGUGGAGUUGAAAUACCAAUCUUUACUGGGAUAGGAAUGCAAACAUUUUUAGUUUGCAUUAAGUAAUAAACACGAGCAUUUAUUUGUUGAUUUUUCGAAAAAGCUUAUUAAUUUUAAGAAUUAAAAAAAUAAAUAUUUAAAAAAACC